AUCAGCUGCAUCCUUUCAGGAGGGACUCUCUCACGAGGCUGACGAUCCUUAAGACAAGUAUGCAGUUAAGUUGCUAAGGGAUGGAGGAAGCUAGUUUGUGCCUUGGAGUUUCUUCAGCUGUCCCAGAGGCUGAGGCCCAUCUCAACAGCACGAUCCUUAAUGGUCAGUAUUCAAUGAGCCAGAAGCUGCACCAGAUAACAUCCCAGCUCAGCCAUGCUUUCCCCGAGCUCCAGACCAGGCCUAACUCUGAAGAGAAGGCCCCCGCACCCCUCGAAGAGAAGAGCCACGUGCCCAUGGGAGGCCAGCCCAUUGGCAGCCAGAUGGCUCUCUUGGCCAAUCAGCUCAACCGAGAUGUGGACACCAGUCUGAAUGGAAGGGUGGACCUGCAGCAGUUCCUGAAUGGCCAGAACCUCGGCAUUAUGUCCCAGAUGAGUGAUAUUGAGGACGACGCAAGGAAGAACCGGAAAUACCCCUGCCCCCUGUGCGGGAAGCGAUUCCGGUUCAAUAGCAUCCUUUCCCUGCACAUGCGUACACACACUGGCGAGAAACCCUUCAAGUGUCCCUACUGUGACCACCGGGCCGCCCAAAAGGGCAACCUGAAAAUACACCUGAGGACCCAUAAGCUCGGAAACCUGGGCAAAGGCCGUGGGAGAGUCCGCGAGGAGAAUCGCCUGCUUCAUGAGCUCGAAGAAAGAGCUAUCCUGAGGGACAAACAGAUGAAGAGCAGCCUCCUGCAGCCGCGGCCCGACGUCAAGCCUCCGCCGCAUUCCCAGCAGCCCCCUCUGGCCAACUGCAACUUGUCUUUGCCGGUGAACCACAACGUCCCCGACAUCUCCAACCCGGUGCCCUCGCCCAAGCCGGCCAGCGUCCAGGAAGACACGGUGGUCCCCCCAGCGGGCUUCCGCUGCACCUUUUGCAAGGGGAAGUUCAAGAAACGCGAAGAAUUGGACCGUCACAUCCGGAUCCUUCACAAACCCUACAAGUGUACCCUGUGCGACUUUGCCGCCUCCCAGGAGGAGGAGCUGAUCAGCCACGUAGAGAAGGCCCACAUCACUGCGGAGUCAGCCCAAGGCCAGGGCUCCAACGGAAGCGGGGAGCAGGCGGCCAAUGAGUUCCGCUGCGAAGUCUGCGGCCAGGUGUUCAGUCAGGCGUGGUUUCUCAAGGGCCACAUGAGAAAACACAAGGAUUCCUUUGAGCACUGCUGUCAGAUCUGCGGGAGGCGCUUCAAGGAGCCCUGGUUCCUCAAAAAUCACAUGAAGGUCCACCUCAACAAGCUUUCUGUCAAGAACAAGUCUCCCAGUGACCCCGAGGUACCCGUUCCCAUGGGAGGUAUGUCCCAGGAGGCCCACGCCAACCUGUAUUCCCGCUACCUCUCUUGUUUGCAGAGCGGCUUCAUGCCCCCAGACAAAGCCAGCCUGGGUGAACCCAAUCAGCUCUACAGCAAAGGGGACCUGCCCAUGAAGGAGAAGGAGGUUCUGGGGAAGCUGCUGUCCCCCAUCUCGGGCAUGGGCCACAGCCUUGGCGAAGGCGACAAACAUUCCCUCUUGGGUUGCCUCAACCUGGUGCCUCCACUGAAGUCCAGCUGCAUAGAACGUUUGCAGGCAGCUGCCAAAGCAGCCGAGAUGGACCCUGUGAAUAGCUAUCAGGCCUGGCAGCUCAUGGCAAGAGGGAUGGCCAUGGAACAUGGCUUCUUGUCUAAAGAGCAGCAGAUACAGCGCAACCAUGAAGAUACUUUGGCAAAUGCCGGAGUUCUGUUUGAUAAGGAGAAGCGGGAGUAUGUGUUAGUAGGAACAGAUGGCUCCAAGCAGAAAAUGCCUGCUGAUUUGGUUCACAGCACUAAAAUGGGCAAUCAAAGAGACCUGCCAAAUAAACUAGACCCUUUAGAAAGCGGUAGAGAUUUUUUGUCACAUGGUCUCAACCAGGGACUUGAUUACAACAUGCAAAGUCAUGGAAACAUGAAGGAGAAGCCCACUGAGUGCCCAGACUGUGGCCGAGUGUUCCGAACCUAUCACCAGGUUGUCGUCCACUCCCGAGUCCACAAGAGGGACAGGAAAGCUGAAGAAGAGGUCCUCCAAGGCUGCCUGGAGGAGCGUCGGGGUUCUGGAAGUGACCAGGAAUCCCAGUCAGUGAGCCGGUCCACCACACCGGGAUCUUCCAAUGUUACCGAGGAGAGUGGGGUCGGUGGGGGCCUUUCCCAGACUGGAAGUGCUCAGGAAGACAGUCCACACCCUUCAUCACCAUCUUCCUCAGACAUUGGUGAAGAGGCUGGAAGAUCUGUCGGAGUCCAGCCACCAGCUUUGCUAAGGGAUAGGAGUCUUGGAUCGGCAAUGAAGGACUGCCCUUAUUGUGGGAAAACUUUCCGAACAUCCCACCAUUUAAAGGUGCAUCUGAGAAUACAUACAGGUGAGAAACCCUACAAAUGCCCCCAUUGUGAUUAUGCUGGUACCCAGUCUGCAUCCUUAAAGUACCACUUAGAACGACACCAUCGGGAACGACAAAACGGUGCUGGGCCACUCUCUGGGCAGCCUCCAAGCCAGGAUCAUAAGGAUGAGACAACGAGCAAAGCGUCUCUGUUUAUCAGGCCGGACAUUCUGAGGGGAGCCUUUAAGGGUCUCCCAGGAAUUGACUUCAGAGGUGGCUCUGUCUCUCAGCAGUGGACAUCAGGAAUGCUUUCAUCUGGGGACCAUUCAGGGCAGGCUGUCGGCAUGACUUCUGAGACUUCUUCAGAGACUCUGAAGGGCUCUGACCUACCUUCCAAAGGUACACACUUUUCUGAAAUUGGACGAGCCUAUCAGAGCAUUGUAGGCAAUGGGGUUAACUUCCAAGGCUCUUUGCAAGCUUUCAUGGAUAGCUUUGUCUUGAGCUCUUUGAAGAAAGAGAAGGAAGUAAAGGACAAAGCCCUCUCAGAUCCACUUUCCAUGAAACUCCAUGGACCAGACGGUGGUGAGGAAAAAAAUAGUGGAAAAUCCUCCCAGAGGAAAUCAGAGAAAUCUCAGUAUGAACCCCUGGAUUUGUCUGUAAGGCCAGAUGCAGCUUCUCUCCCGGGCUCUUCGGUGACUGUUCAAGAUAACAUUGCAUGGCAUGGCUGCUUGUUUUGUUCUUUUACAACUUCAUCAAUGGAAUUGAUGGCCCUUCAUCUCCAGGCCAAUCACUUGGGCAAAACUAGACGCAAAGACAGUGCUUUGGUAGCUACAGGAAAUGGCAAGGACCAAGCCAGGGAAGUAAGCAAAACUGGCUUGCUCCCUUCUACCGUACAAUCUAGCAAAGAGGUAGGAAUCCCCAGCAUGAUGGCCCACCUUGACUCUGCUUCCGAGAAGAUGGUCCCAGGUCACGGCAAAGAGAUUUUGGGAGAACAAAAGAACUCGGCCUGGUCUGGCCACAUGGACCCGCCAUUUUGCAACUUUACUUCAGACUUCUACAAACAAUUUGGGGUUUACCCGGGAGUCAUGGGCUCAGGGUCCUCCUGUGCUAACAGUGAGCCUGAAGGCAAAGCACAGCUUGAAGAUGACCCAACAAUCCUGCUCCCUGAGUCCAUGAACAAAAAUCCUACUGACGAACUGUCUGAUAUUGCUUCAUCUGAAGAUAUGGAGUCUUCCAAGGAGGAAAACAAUGAAGAGGAGGAUAUUGAGACAGAACCUGAAAUCAUGAGCAAACCACUGUCAGUCCUUCACAAGGAGAGCAGCAGCGACGCAGGGGACAGCCUCCCCAACCCCAUUGCCUCCCAGCCGGCCCAGGGACUUGUCUCACCUUUGUCCCAAACGUCUGAGAAGCCAUGGCAUGGCCCAAAUCUUCUUCCAUCCCAUGACACCUCCCCAGGGGUGAUGAAAGCAGAACAGAUCCCAGGUCCCCAGGUCCUGGAGAAGCAGAUGAACAUGUUGUCAGUCCUAAGAGCCUAUAGCUCUGAAGGCUUAGCAGCCUUUAAUGGACUUUCCAGUAGCACAGCAAGUAGUGGAUGUGUCAAGAGACCAGACUUGUGUGGUCACAGGCCUUUCCAGUGCAGAUAUUGUCCAUACAGUGCCUCUCAGAAGGGAAACCUGAAGACCCAUGUUCUUUGUGUCCAUCGCAUGCCUUUUGACAACAGCCAGUAUCCCGAUCGCAGGUUCAAGCGCUCCAGAGUUGACUCCGAGGCUUCUGGGAAUUUAGAGGAACCUGCAGCUGUCAGACCCGGGAGCUCAGCAGAGCUAACGGAGGUGGGCAGCAAGACCCAGGAGUAACAGCUGAACAAGUCUAUCUGUAUAUUGCAAUAUUAUUUUACAGUCUUUAGAUAGGCAUUUGGUGAGAGAGUUUGCUAACUGCAUUCUGAGAAAAAUAAAGAGUUGUAUACAGUUCUCCCCUUACCCCCAGUAGUGUACAGGAUGUUUAAAACAUUUAAAAUAUAUCUAUAUCUAUAUAUAUAUAAAUUUUCCCCAGCCCUUGAAAAUGGCUGCUAAACUGUUACCUGGCAACAAAUGCUUCCAAACAACGCAGGUGGGAUAAUAAAGUGAUUUCAAAAAUGUGAGGAGGUCGUUAGUACUCUAAAAAAAAAAAAAAAAAGAAAGAAAGAAAGAAAGAAAAAGCAGGGGGCACUUCAAACUCUAAAGUGGUCUUUGUCCAAAAAUAAUGCUCUUAACCGAAAAAUGAUACCAUCUCCAUGAUUUAGUGUUGCCUCCGAAGAUUGAGAGGCUGCGUCUUCAUUGUUGAAAACACCUUUAUAAUAUGAUACUGGCGGCUGUCAUUGGCCCAGCAUAGUAAUGAGAUGGCUUGGUACGCUAGCUACCAUGGUGCCAGUCAGACUGGGGCUGUCACUGCAGAGAAAAUCAAUGGGAGUGGUGUUGUAACUGCACUGGAGGAGAAAUCUUAGCCGGCCCCUAACGAGGGUCAGGACUGACUGAUAUUGGAAAAGAUUGUGAUAUUACAUUUUCAUUUUUUAAAAAUACACAGCCGAAUGAAUCAAUGGUCAGGAAGGAUGUUGUGGACACGUGUCCAUUGCAGAUUUGAUGAGUGAUUCCUUUUUUCAGCUCAAAUGGCAGUAUUGAGGGAAAUGCUUUUAAUCUGGGUCCUUUUAUUUUUAUUUUUGGAUGAAGAAGUAGGUAUAUACUAAAGAAAUCUAGGGGUAUAUGAUAUCAUUAUUGUUUAGCUGAAGAAGUCAGCCUUAUCGGUAGAAGGUGCUAGUGAGAAAUCAAAUUUUAUGUUACUAGAGAGGGUUUAAUUUUUUUUUUAGGUUUUAAUUUUUUUUUUACUUGAAUGAAGGAUUUUCUAAUCCUGGUUAAGUUUUUCAUCUGUUAGUUUUUAUAAGUGUGACAGACACAGGGCAGGAGUAUCUUCUAGAAUGGGCUCUUAUAAAGCAGCUUGAGCUAAAAUAUGAAUUCCAACAACCUGUGCUUUGUCUCUAAUGAAGAAAGUGUUUGAGCUAUUAUUUUUAUUGUGAUUUUUUUAAUAUAAAACAAAUGUCUUAUGCUUUUUUAAAAAAAAAUAAAACAAAUGUUCUUUUUUUUCCCCUUCUUUUUUGCCAGUGAUGCUAGGUUUUUCCUAUUUAGAUCCUCCACCUUACGUUCUUCCUUCAACAUGGAAGGAGCUUUUGAGGGAUGCUAUCAAGAUGCUUGCAAGAGGUGUAGUGAAAGAUUUAGUUUUAAAUCUGCUUAAAUGGCUUAAAAUUUCAGCCUUUAAAGUGUUUCCUUUUACAGACCCAGGUGCUGUGGAUUGUGAUGGUAGAGAAGUAUUAACUUAGUCUAAAACAAAAUCAACCAGAACCUAAAAAAUAAAAAUAAAUAAAAAGUCAAUAUUUCCUUGCAGGCUGGGAGCACAGAAUAAAACCCCAGGGCCUUAAAAUUUCAGCUCUGCCUAAAGCAGUUUACAAAAAUACUAAACUGCAAUCAAUGUAAAUAAAAUUCUUAGCGCUAUCCUGAGACUGGAAAAAAAAAAUCUCAGGCUAAUAAGGAAUACGGUUUGCAUAUGCUGUCGAAAGGGUGUCAUCCAACUGAAGUUUCAGUUUAAAUGAGUUCGCUGUGCAACUUGGACCCAUCUGGCAUAGAGCAGGCUGCUUUCUUGUUUUUCUAGUAUAGUUCUCACUGCCUUACUUAAAUCGAGUUGAUAAACUUAAUGCAACUGUUUCUAUGAUCCUAGAGAAGGGAUUGAAAUGUUAUUGAAAACUUUCUGACUGUAGUAAGCUUUAGAAUUUUAACUGCACUACCGUGUUUGGUGACUGUGUCAGUCGCUUGCUUUCUGUGUGUUUGCGCCCGCCUUCAGUAUCUUAGCAAAAAAAAAAUUAAAAAAAAAUAGAAAAUAGAAAAAAAAUAAAAGAAAUAAAGGAAAAAAAAGAAAAAAAAAGGGGAAAAAAAGAAAAAAAUCAGAAAAAAAGAGAGCCACAUUCCAUCUCCUGUACCAAGGAGAUCCUUCGGUAUUCUUUGUGUCUUCUGAACAGUUUCAGAUGCGACAGGCAAUAAUUCUGUUUGUGACAUUGGGAAACAUCUCCCCUUCUUUGUGACGUGUGUGUUGACUCCAUUUGGUCCAGUGCUACUGUCCCUUCUUCCCCCUCUGACAUGGGCCUUUUUUCCAGAACAUUUGUAACUUGUAAAACACACAAGUGACAGCGGCAGUGAUGCAUUGUCAGUUUCUGAAUAUCAUCAGCUUCUCAUAUCUAAACAUGUCAAGUUUUUCUCUGUAACUUCUGUAGUCUGUGGUACUGGUCAUAAUACUGUCUACAUUCCUACACAAAGAAAAAAUAAAAAAAAAUUUCUCUCUUGGAGGAAAUCUGAGAUCAAUAGAGUAGAGGAUUGUGUUGCUAUGCUUGUAACAAGUAGAAAACUUUGUAUUUAAAGUUUAUUCUUGGUCAUUAUUUAUUAUUAUAAUACAUCAGUUGACAGAACUUUAUUCUGGUAUAGAAAGUAUUAAAAGUUGUUUUGUUUUUUUUUCAGCAAUGACUGUUUUCUUUCUCCUGUUAGAAUAAAAUGUCUCUGAAGCAGUAAAGUCUUAUCCAGUGUUUUACGCAAUAAAACCUCUACCUCUGGAAGAAAAAAAAAAAAAGCAAACAAAACCUUUUCCUAUUUGUGUCUCUUUAUUAGGAACUGUUUAAAAAAGGAACUGUUAACCCACUUGUGAAGCUUUGUCAGAUUUUCUUCAAUGUUGAUGUUUGUCUAUCUAGCACUAGGUGAACAUCUUGUAUAUAUACUUGUGGUAUGGGUGCUGGAAUAGGAUAUUUCCCAGCUCAAUUUUAUGUUACACAACUGUAUACAGUAUAAACAUCCAUUUGUUGUCCAGUCAUUUCAGUCGAGUCCAACUCUCUUCAUGAUUCCGGUUUGGGAUUUUCCUGGCAAAGAUACUGCAGAGGUUUGCCAUACCUUCUCCUUCUCUAGUUCAUUUUCUAGAUGAGAAGACAGUUAAGUGAUUUUUCCAGGCUCACACAGUUUGUAAUUGGUUGAGGCUGGAUUUGAACUCCGGAAGAGGAGAUUUUCUGACUCCAGGCCUGACACUUUAUCUACUGUACCACCUAGCUGUGCAAUAGAGAAUGAAUAGAGAGAAUGGGAGCUGAUUAAGAUUACCAAAGGGAAGAAUAGAGAGGGAGAAGAUCCAGGACAGACUCUAGGGGAAUAGCCCCAGAGAGUCACAUAGCUAUUAAGAAUCUGAGUCCAAAGUU